GGCCGGGCCGGGCCGAUGCUGAUGCUGCCCGCGGGCCGCGGCCGAAGGGCGGCGGCGGCGCUGAGGGCGGCGUUGGGCGAGAGCGCGGAGCGGCGGCGGGAGCUGGAGCGGCGGGCGGCGCGGAGCCGGGCGCUCCUGGGGCGCUGGGAUGAUGAGGAAGAGGAGCGGCCCCAGCCACAGGCAGGCUCCAGCACUGAGCAUGAAGACAGGCCUUCACCCAAAGAGCUAGAGGAGCUGAAACUGCUGAACAGGGCCUUAGAGAAGGCACUGAAAAUCAGGAAAAGCAUCUUGAAAACUCCAUUAGAGGCUCAGGGAGCUAGAGGACAGAAAUGGGCAGGUGAGGCACAUGCUCCCAAGAAAGCUGAAGAGCAGCAGGUGCCUGUACCUGCUGAGGAUGUUCCUGAGUGCAGGAAGGUGAGAGCUGGAGGCAAAAAGCCUUUGUUGUUGAAGAAGCCCUCCCCAUACCAGUUAAGAGCCCCUUACAGGACUGACCCAGAUGUGAAGAAACUGCAAAGGAAAGUCCCAGCCAGAUGUGUUUCUCAAGCCCCCAGGACAGCUGGGAAGAUUUCCUCAAAAGGAGUGACUUCCAAACAGGGAAGGAGUCACAGGACAGCAACUGGUGCCAGUGCCAGAGAAGUCUGUGCUGCAGCUGAGCCCCAGGAGACACCAAGCUUGUCUGAAUCUGCCCCAAAUGAGCAGCAAAGCUUUUCUGGAGGGGAUUCAGCUGCAGGAAAGAAUUCCACAGUUGCUUGCAAGCAGUUACUUGAUGCAGGGAAGAAAAGUUGUGGUUUCCUGGGAGAGUCCAGCAAAAAGGAGGACACUGCAGGUGCGUGGGGAAGGAGCACCUCACCAGGGACAGGCACCCUGCAGGAAAAGGGAUGCCAGCUGAAGCUCCCCCUUCCCUACAGGAAAGCCUACUCCAGGAACUCCAGGGCGUGGGAGAGAUGUCGCCUGUGCCAAACAAGUGCAGAUGCAGCAGCUGCAAGGACCCAUUUUAUGGAGAGAAUCCAGACAACUUUUUGGUACCCGAAGCUGACCCCCAGUCCUGCAGAGAUUGAGGAGGAACUAAGGGGCCUCCAGGAUGUCCCCUCCCAUCUGAGGCAGUAUAUGGAAGCUGAGCCUGCAGAGCCCCCCACUCUGCAAAGAGAGUAUGAAAGCCUUCUGACCUUGGAGGGUUUGCAAAGCACAGUGUCCCAGUGCCUGCAGAAGCUGCAGCUGCUGCGAGAAGCUCUGGAGUCCCAGCUGAGGCUGUGCCCAGACUGCCCUGGGGAUGUGGGGAGCUGCUCUCCAGCCUGUGUCCCUGCCAGGGGACAGACAUGUGACAGUGCAGACAUGCUGGCCAUGCCUCUCCUCUGUUACUCCAGUCUCCAGGAGCUGAGGGACCUGUUUGCCUUGAAGCUGCAAGUAUCAAUGCUGCACCAAGAGAUUGCCUUACAAAAGGGCAUCCUUCUCUGAGACACGUGAAUGCCUCCUCUCAAGCCCCCUCCCUGGUUUGGAAGUUCCUCUGGAAUGCUGUGGCUGGCACUGGCCUUCUCCCCCCUCCCCAGAGGGGCUCCCCAGGCAGUGUAAGAGCCAGGGGCCCAGAAUAGCUCAGAGAUGUCACCCAGCCAAAGUCUUUGUUGGAGUGGAUCAAGGUGACACUUGGCUGCUAUUUUCAGCCCCACACUUCCUGAUGGCUGUUGGUGCUUUAUUCCCCUGCUUUGAUUAUUUAUUUAUUUCCCUUUUGCUGAAUCAUAGACCUGGAAAAUACUUCUUAGGUCACUGAGGAUCCAAGAAUGUGCCUCCUGAUUUAUUUUGCUGCCUGUUUUCCAGCUUUACUUGGCACGAGGCAGCUUAAAAUGGACUCUGAGAUGCCACCUGUGCUUCUUUAAUGACUCUUUCCUGCUGUGUGAGUUUCUUCCCUGUUCUUUAUCUUAAAAUUAAUGGAGCUGCUCAAAGCUUAACACUGACUUUGCCAGGGUUUUUUCCACAGUCAGCUGUGGUUGUUGGUGCCAUAUUCACCUGCUCUCAUUUCUCUGCAGCUCUUCAUUGCAGUCAAAGUUUAUUUCUGGUGAGGGACAGUUGUGCAAUAAAUUGUUACUCAGUAUUUCCUACUCAAGUCUUAAUCUGUCCUGUGGCUCUUGCAUGACCUGUACCAGAUUUUCACCAUGAAAAGUGAUCAGGCCCGGGCCCAGGCUGUCCAGGGCAGUGGUGGGGUCACCAUCCCCAGAGGGAUUUAACAAAUGUGUGAGUGUGGCACUUGGGGUGUGGUUUAGGGGUGACCACGGUGGUGCUGGGUUAGUGGCUGGAACUGAUGAUCUUCCAACCUUCACAAUUCUGGGAUUCUGUAUUAGCCAAAUAAAGGCAGAAUUAUUAAUUUUCUCACAGAGCCAAAGGAAAAAACCCUUGUGAGGAUUUAUUUAAGUUAUUACAAACUGCUGGGGUUCGUUGCUUUUUUCCAGUUCCUCUGUGCAAUAAGUCAACGCCUGUGGUCUGUUAGCAUUUAAUUUUUAACCAAGUGAGGGUCAUUUGUUGAGAGCACAGUGUGAGAAGGCUUCAGGGCUGCCAGUUUUCUGGAUUUCUACAGCCUAGACCCCAGUUCUGAGCUGUGUGUCCCAAAGCUGAGCAGUGAGCUGGGCACAAGUGAGUAUUACUUCUUUGACUCAUGCAGGGCCACAUGUGAGUUGUGUAACAGUGAUUAUCUUCAGUUACCUUUGCCCACAGAUGUUCCUGCCAGAUUUGUGGUUUUCUGUUCUUGUUUCCAGCCCCAUUACCUUCUAGUUCUGGACAAAAUAAGGCAUAAUUCCUUCAUAUACAAAACUCUCCUAUGCAGUGGUUUAGCUCCAGGAGGGAGUGUUCACCCUGAGCCCAGCAGGACCUGGAGCUGUGAGCAGAGCAGGAGGCUGUCUGUGCCUCCUGGCCCUGACUUCUCUGCUGCAGCACUUCCACGUGGUCUCAGAAUUAUUUUGGCUCUAACAUCUGCUUUGAGAAGGUGGUGUCAGUGUCUCUGGUCCAUAAUUAUGGACUGAAGGUGGUGUCAGUGUCUCUGGUCAGUCACAUAAAUAGGGACCAUGGGACUCCUUCCUCCUGCCACAGCACUGGGCAGUGCUAGAGGACUUGGAUCUCCUCCUGCACCUUGCCUCUUCUGGGAUUCCCUAGUGGUGCUCAGCAUCAUAUUUGAUUCUGGGCUUCCUUACUUCAAAAUUGGAGAAACUGAACUGUUUUAGAUGGAUCCUGGCUUCCUCAUCCCUCCUUUCCUCCUCAUUCCCUUCUAGGAUCCAGCUUUCUUGCUCAACCACCACCAUUCUGUCACCCACCCAAGGCAUUUACCUUCUCUGCUCUUUCCUGUUCCUCCUCAACAGGAAUUUCCCAUUUGUUUCCUUCCCUCCUGCAGCUCUUUGUCAGGCUUUGGAGCCUCUGCCCCAGCCAAGGGCACCAAGCCAGGCUGUGGGCAGGGUUCUGACAGCAGGGAGAGCUCCUGUGCCCCAUCCAUCACCCCAAAGGUCCCUGGGGGUGUCUGUGUGUAGAGGGAGUGUCAUCCCUCUCUGCUCCUGCAAAGUGACUCAUCCAGCCCCAGCUGCACUUUCAUCUCCUGUGGGAAGAGGGAGGAGGAUUCACAAGUCUCUAUUUCUGCUGUGAAAAUUACACCCUUAGGUUGGUUACAGGAGGAGUGUGGAGGGAAGGAGGGGAGCACCCAGGCAGAGGAGCCUGUCAGCCCACCAAGGGUGGAAGAUUCAGGGCCCAGAAAGAUGGACUCACACCAUGCAGCCCACUGCACUUCUGUGACUUUACAGAAAACAACCAUGGGAUCAGAGAAAGUUGCCUGAAUUUGGCCUCUGAAUGAAGGAGGGAAAGUUCAUCCAGCUGUCUUCCACACAUGAGUGUGAAAAACUUCCUGGUGGUGACCCUGCCCCAGCCCAAACCCAGUGCAGGGUUGUCCUGGUCCUGCUUUUUCUUUCCAAGCAGGAGCAAAGCCAGCACAGCUCUGUGACAUGCACUGGGCUCUCUGCAGAUGAUUUCUUUGAAAGCACCUGUGGGCUUGUAGAGGUCCUUGGUUGGACAUUGCUGCUGCUUUGGAACACUCUCAGGUGAGCUGUGUCUGGGUGGCAGUAGGAGCACUUUGAUACAUGCACACCUCCUGCAGAUACGUCUGCACCUGUGCUUUACCCCUGUGGGACUGCAAGCAGUGGCAGGGUUGGUCCCAGGAGACACAGGGCUGCUGCAGCAGGGUCACAGCAGUACUGCUGAGUCAAAUACUCAAAGCCCUCCUGCAUCAGAACUGAGACAUGAAAAUGGGUGUUCUUCUAACCAGCCAGGACUUGUUUUUCUCACCUAUUGCUUUUUCAAGGCCAGUCACUGCUCUUCAGCACCACUUAGAAACAGGUCCAGCUGUCAAUCCACGAAUGCUGCUGGGUUUUGAUGGAAGCCAAGAGUCCUUUUCAGUCCUCUGAGUGCAGGCUGGAGGUGUGGGGAUGCUGCAGGGGUAUGACCAGCACGGGGGGGCUGGAGCUGUGUUUAGGGGUGGCACAACAUCACCAGUUUCCUGAGAAGAAUUUUGGGAAGUGUUGCAUUGCCACUUGGAGUAUUUUGGAUAUACUCCAAACUCUUGGAGUAUUUUCUUCCAAAAUACUCCAAAUUCUUGGAGUGUUUUCUUCCAGACCCCACUGUCAGCAGCAGCUGAAUUAUUUUAGCUGAUGUUUUCUUCAAGGGUUCAGCUUGGGGUAAAUUUAAGCCUGAACAUUUUCAAGUUGGACAAAGCUUCACAAAGCUGAAACUGGAGCUUGUGCUGGGCCGUAUCAGCCUUCUGCCCUCGCUCAAAGGGCAUUGACUCAUGGAGUUCUGCUGCUCUUCCUCCCCUCUAAUGAGCAAUCAGGAGAGUAAAUAGCAAAACUCGGUUUGCAGAGCACUGUGUGCUGCAUGUCUGCCUCAGCUGGAGUUAUUUUCCCACUGCUAUCUCUGUGCAGAGCCAGAGCCCUGUGCCCAGCUCUCUGGUGUCUGCAGCUGCCUGCAUCUGGGCAUACCGUGGGAAUUGUGGGCAUUCAGCUGAUACCUGAUCAAUUUCCACUUUUGUUAUUUCCAAAUGUUAUUGAAGAAACUGGGAGCAAGAAGAAAAGCCAGGAGUCUUGCAGACCCAGCCCCUCUGUUUUGGUGCUCACAGGUUGCAUGCAGCUUCCCAGGCCAAACCUGAAGAGGGGCAAAGUGUGAUCCAAACCAGCUUUAUUCUUUCCCAGAAUGGCAUGACUUCCCUGGGGAUGCUGUAGGCAAGAGCAGUGCCCAUAAAAAAGGGAGGAUAAAACAUCCCCUGUGCAGACUAAUGGCCAAACUUCCCCUUUCCUGAGCCAGUCCCUCUGAACCAGCUCCUCUGAUUCUCCAUCUCAGCUUCCACAGAAGCUCCCUCUAGCUGCCCAGCUCUGCUGCUCCUGCAGUGUGGAUUUUCUUCCUUGUUUUUGGCUUCCUCUCAGUUGAUGCAGACACACAGCUGGGCCCCAUCAGCUCAGGGGAAGCUCUGACCUGGGAAAGGCUCCAGGUCUUCAGGUUUGCUGCAAUAGCUCAUUCCUUUCCUCUCCCCUUCAGGAAAACCAAUUAAAAGAUAAAACAGGGCAGGAGAAGCCAGAGAUGGGGAACUGUUUGUGCCCUCUCCAGUCUUGGUGCCUCUCUGAUCCACUCGUGGUAAAGGUGGCACGAAAAGCUUUUGCCCUCAAAAAAAAGUCUCUGCUGAUGUUCAGAGCUGGGCAGGAGGAUUUUGUACUGAACCUCCUCCAGGCUGUUUGUGUCUCCCUCCUGCCUGCCCAGGAGCCCUGGGUGGCAUCACUGGGCUCUGCCACAUUCUGCACGUGUGUGGCUCUGUGCUGGAGCAGUGCUGAGCCAACAUCACCUACCUGUGCUCAACCCUGCUGUUCAAAAAUGGUUCAUCUCGACAGUCACGAUGUGGGCACUGCAGGGAAAGGCAGCAGUGCCUGGGGGCCCUGGUGGGUACCGUGCCAGCUCCCACAGCCCAGCCCAGCCCAGCCCUCCUUCCCGGGAGAGCUUCCUGUGGCUCUGCUGAUCCCCUCCUGUUCUCAGCUGCCUUUCAGCAUCCUGCCCCCGUGGACCUCACCCUGCUGCUGCCCUGCCUGCUCAGCAAUCGUCUCAAAUCCCAAAUCUUCCCGCACCUCAGCUCCAGCCCCUUUCCUUCCUGGUCCCGUGAUCGGUCACCCUCUAUUCCCCGCAGUGUCACCCGCAGUGUCCCACCAGCACCACCAGUCCACGGAUUCCCACUGAGGCCACCCAAGCCCUGUGCCAGGGAACAAAGAUGGAGAGGGUGACACCGGGAGAAAGAGAACUUGGAGGGAGGUGAUGGUGUUGGCAUCGCCCACGGAGGAGGCAAAGGGGCUCAGGGGAGCGCUGGAAGUCCCGCUGCCCGUUCCCUUGGGAUCUGCCUGCCCGGGGGCUGCAGCACUGCGGGCUUGGAGCGCUGGGCAGUCAGAACAGCGUCCCUGCCCCAGCGCUGCCUGGCAGGGUCCGGGCUGGCGAAAACAGACGCAAGUUGGAAAAAGACAUGCCAAGAGCGAUCCCAGCCGGGCUGCUCCCAGCCCGAAACAGUUAAGGGGCGGCGGGGCCGAGCCGGUCCUCCCACCAACAUGAGAUCACCGCAGCCACCGCCAAUCCUCGCUGCAAUCCUCCUCCAGCCCUCGCUCGGGCUGGCAGCGGAGGAGCCGGGAGCCGAGGCUGCGAGUGAGAGCGGCGGCAGACGAGAUCCCGGCCCGUCCGCGCCGUGAGCCGCCGGACAAAGGGAGCAUGUAGGAUCCGGAACCUUCCCUCCUUCGCCGGCACAGCGACUCUCGUCCCUUCCAGACGCGCCUUGUGCUGCUCCUUCCUGGGUUUUCUUGCCAACAUGAUGGGCUGCAAGUCCAACUCACUCACUUGCCUGCAGGGAGGAAAACCAGGGCUGCCGCUGGCCACAGCCACCGAUUCCACGGCCACACUCAACAAACUGGCCCUGGCCACGGGCGGGACCGAGAAAUCCUGGUACCGCUGCAUCUUCCCCUUCGGCAUCGUCUCCGUGGUCAUCGGCGUCGCAGCGACGUGCAUCACCUUCACCAUCAAUGGCCCCCAAAUGGACAUCGCUAAGGUGGUCUCGGUGGCCACCUUGAUCUUCGGGGUGGGGCUGCUGGUGGCUGCCUAUGUGUGCUGGCGGGCCAAGCGGGAGCGGCAACGCAAGCGGCAGCGCCAGGAGCCCGUCGCCCUGGAGCAGGGAGCCCUAUGACCCGGGCUGGGGGCACAGGCUCAGCUCCACCCGGAGUCCCCUGCUCACACACCCCCCUCCGCGAGCAGAGGGGUGACAGCACCGGCUUUGUCGCAUCCGAGGAGGUCCGGACCCUGCCCGAGGCCAGCUUGCCGUCAUUCUCCACCCCGCCCGCGCCAGCGUCCGGCCAUCCCCGCUCCCGGCAUGGGGUAGGGGCAGUCCGGCCACGAAAAAGGCUCCCUCCUGCCUGCCUGGGACCAGCAUGGAAAGAGCCCGGAGAGUGGCCAAGGAGGCCGGAGAGUGGCCAAGGAGCAAAUCGCCAGCCAGGGACCCGCUGCCUGUCCCUGCCGUGCGCCGCCGGGGAUCCGCGGGGCGCUGCUCUGUGCCGAGGAAACCGAGGCAGCCCGGCAACCCCUGCUGGGCGUUGGAAGAGCCCAGCAUCACUUCUGUCCUCUUGCGGUUUUUCCCUGCGGCCAGGACCCGCGUGGCGCAGGACAGAAGGAGUUUCGAAGGGAAUUGUGUGCGUGCGGGGAGCCGCCGGAGAGCGGCGUGGGAGUGCGGGCCGCAGCAAACAGCGAUGCGGGAGCAGGGCCGGCCCGGCAGGGAGCCCCGGGGACAGCGACGGCGACAAGGGCAGGUCGGGAGCCGAGCCUGCCGGGGGUAGCGGAUCUUGGUAGCGAGAAAGGGGGAAUGGAGGCGCUCAGCCUCGAGCGGGCGGCUGCUCGUAGGGGUUUGCUGUUCGCGGAGGAGGAGCUCGGGCUCUUUCCGUGCCCUCGCAGGUGACCCAGCCCGGUGGUGUCCUGGCAUGUCCAGGGGUGCGGUGCUCGUGCUGUGAGCUCGCAGCAGCAUCCCCCAGCUGUGGGACUCUGACAGCAACGCUGUUGUGGAGAAGGAGCUGGACGUUCAUCCAAACGAGCAAAUACACUUUUAACACAUUUUUUUUUUUAAACGAAGUCCAUGCUCCCAUUCUUUGAAUUUAGCAUUGAACUCAUUACUCUAAAAAGGUGUGAGACCUGGGCGCGGGGUUCCUCUGUGGCUGCUCCCGUGCCCGGUAGCGGGGGCUGCGGCAGAGCCGGGCUGCUGCCCUGCCCCAGCUGGCCCCGCAGCCACAGAGCCUCCCAAAAGCUGCCCCGUUGCUCCUGCACCGCGACCGUGCCAAGAGCUACCGAGAGCAGCCCCGCUCCCCCAGCUGGAGCCCUCCACGCCCAGCGGAGCCCGGGAGCGGGGCCGAGAGAACGAGCGGAGCGCGCCGCGGCAAAGCCGAGCUUGUGCCCGGGGAUCCGGGGCACUCCCGUGUGUGCCGUGCCACACGCAGCCCUCCCUGCCCGCAGCUCUCAUCCCGACCGUCUUGUCUUCAUGAUUAUAUCGUGUUCCACAGCCCCCGGAGCUGCUGCUUGUCACAGCAUGCAUGGUCCGAGCCACGGCUCGGGAGAGUGGGAUCCCGGGGUACCAGGGCUUGGAGACCCAGUCCUACAAACCCAGGCUCAAAUACCCAGAGUUUGGAAGGCUUGGAGACUCUUUCAGCCUCAGAUCUGAUCAAAGCUUUAGUUUUUUUUGGGACAGUAUCCCAGAGCCCCGCUCUGUGGAUGAGUUUAGCAGACGUUGAGCCCAGGCUGUUCUUCCUAAGCCUGGUCAAUGUUUUGAGGUGUUUAAAUAGUUUGUGGUUUCAUCCUCUCAGGGUCAGCAAACCAGGGGUUACCAGCCACAGGGGCUCAGUGGUGGGUGUGUGGUGUCAGGGAUGCUCAGUGAUAAGUUCAGGUAUUGAGAGUUUGAGUGCCAGCCCAAUUUUAUUAUUUUUAUUUCAUUCUCCUUGCUGCAAUACUUCAGCAAACACGUUUGUGGCUGCCUGCAAACCCCUCUGCUCUCACCUUGCCCAUCACCACCACCAGGACCAGGAGUGCUGCUCCUAAUCCUGCCCAGACCCAUCUCACUUUUCAAGUGCUCAGCCCUUCUUCCCACCAUUCUGAAGCAAACCCAUCUACACAGGAUGUUGGGAUGAUUGUCCAGGUGCACCUGGAACGCCUUGGAGCCAGCCCAAAAUGUCUUGCAUCAGGCCCUGUUACAUCUCACCCUUCUUUGAUCUUGAAAUCCAGUUCUCCAGAGCCGAAUCACCUCUCUCCUGCUCCCUAAGCUCCCUCAAGGUGGCUCUCAGCAAGACCUGGAGCAGUGGAGCCCACCCCAGAGACAGCCUGGAUGAGCUGGAGUGCCAGUCCUGCACAGGCCAACAUUUUGUUCUGUUUCUCUUUGAGGGAUUUGAGUUCUGCCAAGAGAGGCACAGCCACAACCACCCCUCCUGCUGCCUCUGAGGGUUUGCUCACACGGAGGGACUCUGGCAGUUCCCCCACAGGACUGCACUGGUUGGGAGCAAGUCCUGGGGAAUUUCAACCCCUUAAACAGCCCUGAGUGGGGGUUGUGGCUGCAAGAAGAGAUGGCUGGGAAAGUUACACCUAGGUCACCAAGAACUUGGAAGGAAGCAGAUGAAAGGAGCCAGUCUGCACUCCUAGAGCACCUGGGGAUCCAGAAUUUGCCACAAGCUGGAACCAGCAGUUCUGUGUUUGGUGACAAACCCUGCCACUAUCACACCCUCCUCCUUCUCAAGUGGCAUCUGGUGCCAGUGCUGGCAUUGCAGAUGUGUGGGAGCUGCCUGGCCAUGGCUGUUCCCUUUCCUGUGCAAGCUGGAGAGGCUCCAGAGGACACCCCACUGCAGCAUCCCACGUGGCACCUGGGCACCCCAGCCAGCCUGCCCACUGGCACUGCUCCUGGGCUCAGUGCCCAGCAGCCCCUCUGCUCCAGGUGCCUCAGCAUCACAGCAGAGCCAGAGGCCAGCUGUCCUGGCCCAGCACUGGUUUGGGGAAAGGGGCUCACAGGGCUGCCCUGGCUGUUGUCCAAACCCAGCAGCUGAGGUGGUGGCACAGGAGCUGUUGGUGCACAGAUGGAUCCACCUGCCUCUGAGCAGGAAGGUGCUCUGGGUAGGCAGAGCUGGGGCUGCCUUACCACAGUCUGGGGCUGAGAGACACUUCACCCUUGCCAGGGGAACCAAAGCAAAAAUUAUUAAACCUGUCAAGCUCACUCAAACACCAGUUUUCAUCUGCUUUGCCUGGAGCUGCAGCCAGGCCCAGCUGUGCUGCCUCACUGCCCAGUGACCUGCACCCUCCAGAGGCCUCUGUGCCCCUGGCAGGAGUUCUCGAGGGAGGACAGGUGGCUCAAAGGCUGUGCAAGGCACCUUCCCAAGUCAUGCCUCGAUAUAACCUGGAUUGCACCAACAGUGCAACCUCUCUUCCAGUGCAGGGAGAACGUUCCCCAGCCUAGGGACACUCCCCUCCAGGGACAGCCUCCCCAAGCUUUCUGCACACACCAACCCAUCCCAGCAACGCUUUCAGCUGCUGUGACAGCCCUGGUGCUGUCUCUGACAGAUCCACCCCAAUCACCUUUCAACUCUAAACAGGAUUCAAGGGAAAAUUUCAAGUUUUGUGGCACCAGAGGGAAGGGUUAAGAAUUGUUGCUGCCAGAUUGGGAACAGUUGCAAAAGGGAAACAUAAAAAUAAAAAUAUGCAUCCCUAAAAUAAA